CUGACACAUGAAAUGUCAAAACCGUCAAACAAAACCUCAAAUCGGCAAAAACAAUAUUUUACAAAACCAUCUCGAUACAUUACUUUAUCUUCGAUAAUUUAGAUAUUUCUCACUGCAAUUAUGUCGGAAUUGAAGGUGGAUGCGGGUGCGUCUACUGACGAGGAGCCGUUGAAAGAUGUGUUCGAUCAGGCCAUGAAGAUGUUUGAAAAGAUAGAAAGCACCAAUGAGCCGACAAACAGUGAUGCCAUGCAGAUUAGCCUAAAAGCGGCCAUAGCAAAGUUUGAGAAAGCUACCAACCUGGUGUCGCUGUCUGGGAUGUUCAGCAGUAACGAGAGCCUGGAGGAGCUCCCUACAGAGACACUGCAGUACUUGCUGCUACCUGCGCUGCUUGGCACACUGAGUCUGAAGCUGUGCAGACAGCCUCGCAAAGAGGUUAUCAACCUAGCUGAGAUUUAUUUUAGAGAUUUUCUCCAGCGGUGCAAGGAUUAUGGUGUGACGGACAUAGAGGUGCCGCAGCCAACAGACAACCAGAGCCAGAAGGUUGAGAGAGUGGUCACCGAACAAGUCAAAAUUGCUAAUAUGGUACACAGCCGCGAAGCAAAAAUAAAGCGCUACAAAGAGAUGAAAGAACUGAAAGAGAAAUUAGCUACCCUUUCCAAAGCCAUGUCUUCAGAGCUGGUGGACGAUGAGACCAAGCGGGAGUACUUCACCACCAUGCUGCAGAGUUAUGUCAGUCAGGCGAUGGAUGAACUGGGGAGUAUUGAGCAGGAGAAACCGCUGCUGGAGUAUAUGGAGAAACAUGCUGGAGAGCCUAAACCGAAGCAACCCCGGGCGCCUCCUCUCCGGCCAGUCAUCAUCGCUAAGGACGCCAUACAGAAGGCGGUGUUCGGCGCCGGAUAUCCGUCGCUGCCCACCAUGACAGUUGAGGAGUUCUAUGAUAAACGAGUCCGGGAUGGAAUUUUCCCUUCGGCUGCCAACAUCCCGCACCAGACCAUACAAGGCACAGAAACGGAAGACGACGACGCCGAGCGGGCAAAUAAGGACCAGUUAGAGGAAGAUGACGAUCCUGAAGAGUUGGCACGCAAGAGGAACAUGGACGAGUACAAGGACGAUCACCGCCGCGGGUGGGGCAACCGCUACAACCGCAGCUAGGGACCCUAUCCUGCCCUACCCUACCCUAUGUCACAGAAUAUAUAAUAGUAAUAGGUACAGUAGAUUCACUCCCUAAUAAAACGCGACUACUACGAGGCGGCGCAAGCGCGUGCAGGCGUCCGUUCCAUAGCGGUGUGCGGCUAUUACUAUGGCAAAACCUUAAAAUUGAGGCCGUAGGUACUUGUAGCGACGCGACGAAAUCGCGGAGUGAGACACGCCUGCCUAUGUACAGAAACUGAUCUAUACACGGUGGCUAAAAAAUAAGUGCAUUCCCGCUGCCAGGGAGGUUUUGGGAUUAUACUGAGCAACUUUUACUAUGGGACCAACCCCGAGAUCGCGAAAAAAAUUUUGGCUGGUCCAUUUUCUAUGGGAGGGUAGAUUUUUUUUCGCGAUUUCGUGGUUGGUCCCAUAGUAAAAGUUGCUCAAUAUUACCCCAAAACCUCCCUGGCAACGGGAAUGCACUUAUUUUUUUGCCACCGUGUAUAAAACCCGAAUAGUACUAUUACUUUUUUUAGGUUUCCGUACCCAAGGGGUAGGAACGGGACCCUAUUACUAAGACUCCGCUGUCAGUCUGUCUGUCUGUCCGUCCGUCUGUCACCAGGCUGUAUCUCAUGGACCGUGAUAGCUAGACAGUUCAAUUUUUCACAGAUGAUGUAUUUCUAUUGCCGCUAUAACAACAAAUACUAAAAACAGAAUAAAAUAUAUGUUUAAUUGGGGCUCCCAUACAACAAACGUGAUUUUUUUACCGUUUUUUGCGUACGGAACCCUUCAUGCGCGAGUCUGGCUCGCAUUUGGUCGGUUUUUUUAAUGUUAUGAACUGGAUGCUAGUAUUUUAAGCCAAAUCCCAUUGAACAAAACUUGAAACGCGGGGAAACCUGCGCUGGCGCAAUCUAAAAACCGGCCAAGUGCGAAUGAGACUCGCGCACGAAGGGUUCCGUACCAUUACGUAAAAAUUCAUGUUUGCUGUAUGGGAGCCCCACUUAAAUAUUUAUUUUAUUCUGUUUUUAGUAUUUGUUGUUAUAGCGGCAACAGAAAUACAUCAUCUGUGAAAAUUUCAACUGUCUAGCUAUCACGGUUCAUGAGAUACAGCCUGGUGACAGACGGACAGACAGACAGCGGAGCGGAGUCUUAGUAAUAGGAUCCCGUUUUUACCCUUUGGGUACGGAACCCUAAAAAUCUUGACAGGUUCCAACUCCAUUGUAAGUAUUGUAACAAAACGUAAUGAUUAUAUCCAGUAUUGUAAUUUUACUAACAAUUGUUACAGCGCUGAUCAAAAUAAAGAUAUUAAAUUAUA